AUGGAUACUAAUUGCAAGUCAUUCAACUUUCAAGAAGCUACUAAAUUGUGUGAGUUGAGUAGUACAACAAGGGUUGGGUAUCCUAACGACCUUAUUGAAGCACAAGGUAGUAUGUAUUUUGACGCACUGCAUGACACACCCUUAUUCUCCAAGCCUGAUCCCUGCUUGAAUAACUUCACAAGUUGCAAAACGCUCAAAGAGGCUGGGCAUCUUACAAGUGGAGUCUACUUCAUCUGCCCAGAUGGAUUGGAUAAAUUGCAAGUCUACUGUGACAUGGAUUCUGCCGGUGGAGGAUGGAUUGUGUUCCAAAGCAGACAAGACGGUAGCGUGGACUUCAACCGAGGAUGGGACGAGUACAAGUCUGGGUUUGGGUCUCUUUCAGGUGAGUUCUGGCUCGGUAAUGAUAACCUGGUUGGCCUGACUUCUGAUGAGUCUCAAGGUGGAUGGGAGCUGAGAGUUGAUCUUGAAGACGGGAGAAGUAAUAACACUGCAUGGGCUCAGUAUAACCAGUUCAAAAUUGUGGGGGAGAAAUACUCGCUGUAUAUAACCGAUAAUCAACGGGGACAACAAUGA